AUGAACGAUCCAUGUUUAACUGUAGUCUUUUCUUUGCAGGUGGCAGAGAAGCCAUCGCUGGCAGAAUCGUUGAGCAGACUACUCGCCCCUGGGGGUCACUUCGCCACGCAUAAAAGAGUAACGCCCGUGCACGAGUGGGAGGGCAGUUUCCGCGAUCAGCCUGCUUUGUUCAAGUUUACUUCUGUGACAGGACACGUUUACAAUAUCGAUUUUACCAGCGAGCACAAUUCAUGGAGCAUUGAUCCCCAGACGUUGUUCCAGGCACGCACCGUCAAGAAUGAAGCCAAUCCGAAGAUGCAUCUGGUUCGUCAUUUGCAGAAUGAGGCGAAAGGCGUCGACUACCUUGUGCUGUGGUUGGACUGCGAUCGUGAAGGAGAAAAUAUCUGUUUUGAGGUGAUGGAAAACACCGUGCCGUACAUGAAGCCACCGUCUAAAGGCAGUAAAUACAACAAUGUCUUUCGAGCACGGUUUUCAGCUGUCGAUGCUCGACAAGAAUUCGAUCUCAAGGUGGGCGUUGCUUUUACUCGAUUUCAGACCAAGUUUUUCCAAGGAAAGUAUGGCAAUCUGGAUUCCACCGUUAUCAGUUACGGUCCCUGUCAAACCCCAACCUUGACCUUUUGCGUGGAACGACAUGAUCGCAUUCAAAGCUUCCAACCAGAGUCUUUCUGGUCCAUUGCCGCCACAGUGACAAAAGCCGAUAUUCCCAUCAAAUUGUCCUGGAAGAGGGAGCGCGUAUUUGAUCGUCAGGUCGUCAAUUUAUUCAUGGGUCGCGUAGAGAUGCUGAAGCACGGUUCAGCAUCUCUCGGUAUCAGCCCGUCGGAAUGCAUGAGCAUUGCCGAGCGACUGUAUAUGCAAGGUUAUAUUUCCUAUCCACGAACAGAAACCUCAAAAUAUCCAGAAAAUUUUGACAUCCAGUCUAUCGUGGCCGAGCAAACGCAGCAUCCCCUGUGGGGCGAUUAUUGUAAAGAUUUACUGCAACAAGGCUUCAAGCAUCCAUCCGGAGGCAAGGAUAUCGGAGACCAUCCGCCAAUCACACCUAUGCGAAUGGCGGUGGAGGAAGAUCUUUUUGGCAAUACGUGGCGACUGUAUGAUUUCAUUACGCGCACAUUUAUCGCCUCCAUUAGCAAAAGCUUAAAGUAUCUCUCUACCCAAGUUUCCAUUUCCAUCGGCGGUGAACAAUUUGAAUGCAAAGGCUCCAAAGUGGUGUCACCUGGCUUUGCCACUGUGAUGCAUUGGAUGGCGAAAACGGAUGAAUACAUUCCCGAUUUCAAGGAAGGCGAGAUAUUGCCGGUCACCGCAUUAAGUAUCCAAGAGGGAAAGAGUAGCCCGCCCGAUUAUCUCACUGAAGCGGAACUCAUCGGCUUGAUGGAACAAAAUGGCAUCGGUACGGAUGCUUCCAUUCCCACUCACAUCAAUAAUAUCUGUCAGCGUAAUUAUGUGCAGGUCUCUGGAACUUCGCGAAGAUUGAUUCCAACCAAUCUCGGCAUCGUGCUUAUUCAUGGCGAAAAAAUUGAUCCCGAAUUAUCGCUACCAACCAUGCGAUCGGAUAUGGAACAGCAAUUGAAUCUGAUCGCCAAUGGCAAAGCACCACAGAACGAUGUGUUGAAUCACUUUUUGAAUAUUUUUGAACGUAAAUUUGCCUAUUUUGUCAAGAAAAUCGAAUCGAUGGAUGAAUUAUUCGAAGCCACGUUUUCGCCGCUGGCUGCUACAGGCAAACCGCUCUCUAAAUGUGGAAAAUGCAGAAGAUACAUGAAAUACAUCGCAUUGAAGCCGAAUCGAUUACAUUGUGCUACUUGCGAUGAAACGUACUCUUUGCCGUUGAAUGGGAACAUCAAACUUUACAAGGAGCUGCGAUGUCCAUUGGAUGAUUUUGAACUGGUUUUAUAUACUACUGGAUCCAAAGGUACAGGCUAUCCUAUCUGCCCUUACUGCUACAAUAAUCCGCCCUUUGAAGACAUCGCGAAAGGCAUGAGUUGUAAUCAUUGUCCCCAUCCCACAUGCCCACAUUCCAUGGUAACCAAUGCGAUUUGCCCCUGUCCUGAAUCUGAGCGAGAGAAAGAUCCUUGCAACGGUCGACUCAUUCUUGACGCCACGUCAGCGCCCCGGUGGAAACUAAGUUGCAACGAAUGCAACGUUGUAUCAUCUUUUGUGGACACAGUUAAAAAUGUGGUGAUAUCGAACGAGAUGUGCGACUGCGGCAGUGCACUUAUUAAAGCGGAAUUCCGCGAAAAUCAGAACAAGGAACCGGUCCAAGGCUGUGUCAUGUGCGACGAUGAAGUGGACGCUUUACUAGCAACGAGGUAG